AUGGCUUCCAACACCCCAACACUCAGAACCGCAGCAACCGAGUUACUGGGCAUCAAGCACCCUGUCCUACUCGCUGGGAUGUUCUCCGUCUCGUCGCCGAAACUGGCAGCAGCAGUGACAAACGCCGGCGGACUGGGUGUCUUUGGAGGCGCCGUAUACACGCCAGCCGCCAUGCGCGAAGCAUUAGCGGAACUCAAAGACCAUCUGCACGAUAAGAAUGCGCCUUUUGGAGUCGAUCUGCUUACCCCCAAGGUCGGCGGAAAUGCCCGCAAAACCAACCACGACUAUACCCACGGCAAACUCGACGAACUGAUCGAGAUAAUCAUCGAAAGCGGCGCCAAGCUAUUCGUCAGCGCCGUCGGACUACCGCCCAGACACGUCGUCGACCGACUGCACCAAAGCGGGGUGCUGUACAUGAACAUGAUCGGACACCCCAAGCACGCACAAAGCGCAAUCAACAACGGGGCGGAUCUGCUCUGCGCGCAGGGCGGCGAAGGCGGCGGCCAUACGGGGGACAUUCCGACGAUAGUCCUCAUCCCAGCCGUUCGAAAAGUCAUCAACGGGCAAAAGAGCAAGUUCACGGGCAAAGAGGUCGGGCUUAUCGCGGCGGGGGGCUUAUUCAACGGGCAGUCGCUAGCCGCGGCGUUGAUGCUAGGAGCCUCGGCCGUGUGGAUCGGGACGCGAUUCAUCCUGGCGGAAGAGUCGGGAGCGUCGAAGUACCAUCAGCAGAUGCUUGAGAAAUCUGGGUUUGGGGAUAUUGUGCGGACGACGAUCUUCACGGGCCGGCCGCUGAAUGCGCUUGAUACGCCGUAUAUUCGUCGGUGGGAAGGGGAGCGCCGUCAGGAGAUGCUCGAUUUGCAGGCUAAGGGCAUUGUUCCUGUCCAGCAUGAUCUUGAGUCCAAGCCUGACGAUGAUGAUCUUUUGGACAGUGCGCAUUUAUUGCCGAUGGGGAAGGUGGCUGGGAUGGUAAACAGUGUCCAGCCUGCUAAGCAGAUUGUGGAGGAUAUGGUGGGCGAGGCUUGUUCGAUGCUGUCGGGGGGCUAUCGGGCGAUGGGCAAGCUGUGA